AUGUCGGACUCAAAGAAGCCACCAUCCAUUCCAGCUUGGCAGCGACAGGCUGCCUCGCCACCAGAUCAAUCUCCACCCCAGUCAUCCCCAUCGCCGAGCUCCGACGAUGCGCCCGCACCCACCUCACGCGAGGACCUCAUCAAUCAAGCAUCUCGAUUUCUAGAAGAUGAGUCGAUCCGCGAUUCCUCUACAGAUCGCAAAGUAGCCUUUCUGGAAUCUAAAGGGCUCAACUCCGACGAAAUCCAACAACUCCUCGGCGUUUCCCGAAACCUAGAGGCGACCAGCAACGCGAGCACCGAUGACAACGCACAGGACACGCCCCAGACCUCCCCUGCUUCUAGUGAAAUUGAAGUCGCACCUUCGCCUGACACAGCACAAUCUUCAUCCCCAUCCCCAUCGCCAUCUACCACCAUGUCUCAACAGCGCACACCCACCGCCACCACCCCCUCGCCAACGAAGCGCGAUGAACCCCCAAUAAUCACCUACCCUGAAUUCCUCUUCGAGCCUACCAAGCCCCCUCCUCUGGUAACAAUGCAAAGCGUUUUGUAUACUUUAUACGGCGCCGCCGGUCUCGGCGCCAGCAUCUACGGUGCAAGCGAGUACAUCGUGAAACCAAUGCUAGCAACUCUUACCAGCGCACGUCAAGAACUAGCAGAAACUGCCCAAGAGAACCUACAAAAGCUAAACGAGAAACUUGAAAAAACUGUCUCUGUUAUCCCACCUCAUCUUAAAGCCCGCAAGGACAACGACGACGAGGAAGACGAGGAAUCUGACAGUGUCACCUCCGACCCGACGGAGCUAUUUCACCGAGACAUGGGGACGCAGACUACGCCCGACGUCUCGUCAUCUCAUUCGCUCGCGUCUACGAAAGAAGGCGAAGAGAAGCUUGCCGAUGCGCCCUCUAUCGCGGUCUCGAAUCAUAUGAGCCGAUUGGAAUCUAUUCAGUCGCAGCUGAAGGAGGUUGAUGGUCUUGAGAAGGAAUCCAGUACGUUGGAUGAUAAUUUGCGUUCGAAGAUGAGUGAUUUGCAUCAUUAUCUCGAUGGGUUGAUCUAUGCGGCUCCCGCCUAUACUGCUGCUGGGGGCUCGUAUGGUUUGUAUGGGAAUACUAGCUCUGGGACGGACGGAAGCUCGUCUGGUGUGCGUAAGGCGGAGGAUGAGGCGAUUGCGAGCUUCAAGGCUGAUAUACGCGGUGUUAAAGGUGCAUUGUUGAGUGCAAGGAACUUCCCUGCUAGUCGGAGUGGUAGACUUGGAGGGUACGCUGCUGGUGCGCGAUGA